AUGCCUCAUCGCACGUAUAGCCCACCAGGAGAUGAUCCUAUGCUGGAGCCGAUUGCCAUCUGUGGCAUGGCUUGCCGUUUACCCGGGGGAGUCGACUCUCCCUCUUCGUUCUGGGACAUGCUCGUGAAGAAGCAAUCCGGACAGACCCCGCGAGUUCCUGAAUCCCGGUUCAAUAUCGAUGCCUAUUACCAUUCCAACCUGGAGCGUCCGGGGUCUUUCAAUGUGCCCGGGGGUUACUUCCUCGAUGGCCGGCCGGAGGACUUUGAUCCCACCGCGUUUAACAUGACCCCGAUUGAGGCUCAAUGGCUGGAUCCCCAGCAGCGAAAGAUCCUCGAGGUCGCCUACGAAUGUCUGGAAAGCGCCGGCCUUCCGCUCGAGUCGGUUGCAGGCUCCAACACCGCGGUCUUCGUGGGAUCAUUCACCUCGGAUUAUCAACAAAUGUCAAUCCGAGACCCGGACUUCCGCCACAACUACGCGGCCACCGGUGUCGACCCUGGCAUCAUCAGUAACAGGGUUGGUAACGUCUUCAACCUCAAGGGCCCCAGCUUCACCAUCAACACCGCAUGCUCGUCGUCCAUCUACGCCAUUCAUAAUGCUGCCAACGUGCUUCGUGCGCGCGACUGCGAUGCGGCCCUCGUCGCUGGCGUCAAUCUCAUCAUCACCGUCGACCAGCACAUGAACACGGCCAAAUUGGGAAUUCUAUCUCCGACUUCGACCUGCCACACCUUUGAUGCAGCUGCCGAUGGUUAUGGCCGCGCUGAAGGCGCCGGCGCCUUGUAUUUGAAGCGUCUUCAAGAUGCGAUUCGGGAUGGGGAUCCCAUCCGAGGAGUGAUUCGGGCAAGUGCCGUCAAUACCAAUGGAAAAGUAGAAGGCAUGGGAAUCACUCAUCCCAGCGGCAAAGGGCAAGAAUCUGUCGUCCGGAUGGCAUACGAGAAAGCCGGACUCAACCCGAAUGCUACUGCCUAUGCUGAACUGCAUGGAACGGGAACACCCGUAGGCGAUCCGAUUGAAGUCCGGGCCAUUGCCAGUGCGAUGAAUGAUACCCGGUCGCCAGAGAAGCCACUCCUCUUGGGUGCUGUCAAACCCAAUAUUGGCCACAGCGAGGCUGCCAGUGGCAUUUUCGCCGUCAUGAAAGCGGCCCUAAUGACGGAAGCUGGGAUGAUCCCUGGUGUUGCUCACUUCCAAAGAUUGAAUCCAGCCAUCAAGGAGCAGGAGUGGAACGUCAAGGUCAAUGUCGAUACCAACCCAUGGCCCCAGGGAUUCGCAGCCCGCCGAGCCAGCGUCUCCUCCUUUGGCUAUGGAGGCACCAACGGCCAUGUCAUCAUCGAAUCGGUUGAGUCCCUGUAUCCCUGGUAUCAGCAUGCCCGCACCAAGCACGAUGCUCCCUAUACGCGCUCCCAUGAUCGACCAUUUCUGCUGUGCUUCUCGGCCCAUGACAAGGCAACCCUCGCACGCAAUGUCGCAGCUAUCAGCAAGGUAUCCGGAGACUACUACGUGAUGGAUCUGGCAUACACCCUCAAUCUGAACCGGACUCGGUGGGGCCACCGGGCAUUUGCCAUCGCGUCGGAUGCUCAAGCUCCUGCUGCAGUGUUGUUUGAUCAUUCUGCCGUCCGCUCUGGUGUGGCUUCACCUGUGGCUACCGAGGUCGGCUUCCUCUUCACCGGCCAAGGCGCACAAUGGGCGGGAAUGGGACAGAUCGCAGCAAAGACAUUCCCCUCGUUCUUUCAGACAAUCCGGAAAUUGGAUAACGUCCUCGGGCGCCUACAUCCGGCCCCUCCCUUCCGUCUAGUCGACCUCCUCCGAGGCGAUAUCGAGACCGUCUCGCGCAACAUUCAUGAGGCGGAAAUUGCCCAGCCCUUCUGCACCGCUGUGCAGAUUGCGCUCGUAGACCUUCUCUCCGAAUGGGGUGUGACCCCCGUUGUCAGUGUGGGACACUCGUCUGGGGAAAUUGCCGCGGCUUAUGCGGCGGGUCUUCUGUCCGCUCCUGAAGCCAUGCUCGCUGCCUACUGCCGGGGUCGAGCCGUCCGCGAGCAUUCCAACCCGGGGUCGAUGCUGGCCAUCGGUCUGGGAGCCGAUGCUCUAGGCGACUAUUUGGCUCCGUAUGCGCCGGAGCAGCUGUGCAUCGCCUGCGAAAACUCCCCCAGCAGUGUCACCCUGAGUGGAAUGUCCCAUUGCAUCCAGGAGGUCAAGGAAAAGUUCGACGCCGCCAAGGUGUUUGCGCGCGAGCUCAAGACAGGGCAGGCCUACCACUCGCCCCAUAUGGCGGCAGUAGGUGCCGCCUAUGAUCCGCUGUUAGCCGGCGCUCUGACCAGUCUCAACGGCCACGAUCUGUGCUGGCGCCGUCCGCGGUCCGCCAUGAUUUCCUCAGUGACGGGCCAGCCGGUGGACAUGGCGAGGGACUCGCUUCCGCCCUCCUAUUGGAGCAACAACUUGCGCUCAAGAGUCCUGUUCAAUACGGCUGUGCACAGACUAGGAACCGACCCGGCCUUCCAGCAAGUCAAAUACCUCGUUGAAGUCGGCCCGCAUUCCGCUCUAGCGGGUCCCUUCAAGCAGAUCUGCGCGGCCAAUGCAUUCGAUCGAUUGCUCUAUGUGCCCUCGCUGGUCCGCAACAAAGACGACGCCGAUCAACUGCUCUCGGUGGCGGGUACCCUGUUCGUGGCCAGCUACCCCGUCGAUUUGGAGGCCGUGAACGCCGUCGAGCAGGAGGGAAAGAAUACAGAUCUGAGUUUUCGGAAGCCAAAGUCGCAUCGUCUUCUCGUGGAUCUGCCGCCGUACCAGUGGAACUAUGAGAAACGCCACUGGACGGAACCCCGAGCUAGCGCAGAACAGCGCAGUCUCGUCCAGCCCCGUCAUGACCUGUUGGGCCGGCAGAUCACCGGUCUAUCAACGCAGUCUCGGGUGUGGCGUAACAUUCUGCGCCAGCGCGAUCUUCCGUGGCUCAAGGAUCAUGCUCUGGGUGGUGCCGCCAUCUUCCCGGCAGCGGGCCAUAUAUCGCUGGCAGUCGAAGCUCUGCGGCAGGUGGCCGAGGCGGAAUCACGCCCAGUCGGACAGGUUCUCCUGCGCGAUGUCGAUAUCAGCACCGCUCUCGUCAUCCCGGAAACCGACACGGGAGUCGAGAUUAUCUUGCGCUUGGAGCAGCAGCAGCAGCAGCAGUCGCUGACAGGCGACAACAGCACUUCCUGGUAUGCCUUUUCCGUUGAAUCACUCUCAGAGGGCAAGUGGGUUUCCCACUCCCGCGGCAAAAUUUCCGCCGGCCCAGAGGUGACUGACAAGUACGAACACCCCGUUAUUCCUUCACUACUCACGCAGCGCGUCUCGGGCAAACGCUGGUACGAAGCUUUGCGCCGCGUGGGUUUCCAAUACGGCCCGACUUUCCAACAGCUGGGCCAGGUGCGCACCGACCGCCGAUACCAGCAUGCCGAAGCCGAGGUGCGGGUCCGGAAUCGCUCUGAUGUCGUUCAGGAUGAGUCGCGGUACGUGAUUCAUCCGGCUACCAUCGACGCAUGCCUCCAGCUUAUAAUCAUCUCCAUCCACCGCGGCAAGCACAAGGAGAUGCCCUGGGGAGUGGUGCCCAUUCGCCUCGAGGAAGUCACGCUCCGGUUCCCGAGGGACGGGGAGGGAGAAGGAUCCAUGGGCACGGCGGUGGCCUGGACCGACAGCUGUGAGGGCCGCUACUUCAACACGCACACGCAGCUGAUGGCACCGAGCGGUCGCGUGCUGGUCGAUGUCAAGAGCCUGCGCUGUGUGGCCUACGAAGCAGCCGUCCCCGCGAAUGCGGCGAGCAACGCGACCAACCCCGCUCCUUUUGCGACUAUCUCCUGGAAGCCGGACGUUCUCCGACUGCGAGCAUCGUCCUCUGCCACACUGUGGCCGAAAGAAGCAUCGGAGGCACAGGUGCUCGUGUCAUUGGUCCAGAUGAUCCAUCAUCGGCAUCCACUGACGGCCGUCCUCCUGUGCGGCAAGCAUACCCCGGACACGAUCAAUGCGGUGUCAGCGGGGCUCCCAGCGUCUUGCGCCGUAAGUACUAUCCAGCCGAAUGAGCAGCUCCUCCCGGAGAACUUUGAGAGUGGGGGGGAUCCUGCAGUUGCCUGGGCCGCGGACUUGGUGAUGGUCGAUGAAAGUGUGUUGUCGGGUAGACCGGAAGAAGUCCUUAGGCUGCCCAAGGACGGCCGAUGGCUGAUUCAGUCGCAGCCAGCUGAGAGUUUCUUCGUUAUGGAUGGUGUGGAGAACGAAAAUGCUCUCUAUCCGGUGCUCGAGGUCUCGGUUGCGGAUCCUCUCAAGGGUAACCGUCUUGUCCGGCUCUUCACCCGGGACCACGCCGGCUUGGUCGAGGCUGUUCAUGAGGAGCAACUACACCUCACAAUCUUGCAUGAGACCGGUCAGCGUGAGGAUGAGCAUCUCGUCACUCACCUGUCAGACAAGGCACAUACUGCCAAGACCACGACUAUAGAUCAGUUCACUCUGCCAGCAAACCAAGCGAAGGAAGAAGCCGUUAUUGUCGACGACCGCGAUGGUACUCUCCUCAACCGUCUGAAUAACCAGUCCUUUGAAGGUCUCCAGUCCCUGAUUCGGGCCAAUUUACCCACAGUCUGGCUGACCCGGGGCGUCCGACAAGGGGCUUGCGUCUUCGGGGGCAUGGUCCCAGGUUUCUUGCGGGUCAUCCGGUCUGAGCAGGCCUCGGCAAGAAUCGUGCUUUUGGACGUGGACCAGGAGACACAGCCCGGAGAGGUGGCAGAAGCAGUUCUGAGUGUGUUGCACGACGCCCCGACGAAGGAUUCAGGCAAGGAUACCGAGUUCUGGCUGCACAACGGGAUGAUGAAUAUUGCUCGCGUGGUUCCCAACCACCAACUGAACACGGAAUGGUCGCCCCCCGUUCCCCUCGCCUCUCGCGUUUCCGAGACCAAGCCGCUGCCCGACGGGGUUCGUCUCACAUCCUCUACCGUAGACGGGCAGCUCCGCUGGUCGUACGGCGAGCCGGAAACAUCAACCGCCCUCGGGUCGGACGAGAUUGAGAUGCAGGUUCUUGCCUCUGAGCUGCAGCAGACGACCCCCAAUGGGCCCGUAGUCGUCUCUGGCCGUGUGCUUCGCUGUGGCUCGUCCGUCCGUGCCGACGUUGCGGCGGCUGGCGAUCAAGUGCUUGGCUGGACGACGGAAUCGCUGGCCACCGUCGUCCGGACUGCUUGCUACGUCCGCUGGGAUGCUACUACCAACCAUGGCACGACGAAGCUUUUGGCGAGCGUAGCCGCGCUUUCCAAGGGGGUCAACAUGUGCAUCACCACAGCCAGGGUCGGCAGCAAUGACCGCAUUCUCGCCCUCCCUGGUCCAGUGCCCACGGUGCAUGCACUGGUCCGAUUAGGCAAGGCGUUGGGCUGGGAUGUCCGCCUCGUCGCCCGCUCGGCCGAAGAGCGACAGAAGUAUCUCAGCGAGUUUGAGAUCGACGGCGGCGGUGUCCUCCUUGCCGAUGAUAUGAACGAGAUCCGCGCCCCCCUGCGUGAAACGGACCGCCGAUGGGUUAUCCUCGCCCACGACUUUUCUCCCCUGAGCCAGGAAGUGUGGCGGCACCUUCCGGCACGCAGUGUCUUCGUCUUGAAUGACGCGCGGCUGGAGUCCGCCCUGGAUUCGGCGCCGUUUUCCCGCGGAGCGUCGUUCAUGCGAACCAGUGUCAAGACUCUGCAUGCCCCUGCGGCGUCUGCGAUCCUCCAGCAGACGCUGGAUCUCGUCCAGAAAUACCCUGCGCUGGCAGACAAUGUCGAGUCUGUGUACGAUAUCAGCGAGCUGAGUCAAUCCAGCAGCCUUCUACGCGAAAUCCCUGCGGAUAAACCCGCUGUCGUCACGUACCGCUACCAUGAGAGCCCUGUGCGGGUCACCCCCGAGCCUCCACGCCUGAGCUUCUCCCCUGACGCUAGCUACCUCCUCGUGGGCUGCCUCGGUGGUCUGGGCCGCAGCCUGACCCGCUUCAUGAUUGAACGGGGCGCAAGACACUUUGCGUUUGUCUCCCGCUCCGGUACCGACAAACCCGAGGCAGCGUAUGUAGUUGAUCUUGUCACUUCCGCGGGUGCUUCUGUGCGGGUGUUCCGGGCGGACGCCGCGUCUGAAUCCGACAUGAUCCGUAUCGUCCAGGAGGUCCAUGCCGAGCGUCCCCUCCGCGGGGUCGUCCAUGCCGCGAUGGUUCUUCGGGAUGGAGUCUUUGAGCAGAUGAACUGCGACCGGUUCCAGGCCGCGGUGAAUCCCAAGGUGCAGGGUGCCGUGAGCCUCUCCAAGGCGCUGCUGCAGGGCGGCGUUGCCGACGAUCUCGAUUUCUUUGUCAUGACCAGCUCCAUCUCGGCGACGUUGGGGAAUCCCGGUCAGAGCAACUACAGCGCGGCCAACAGUUUCCUGGAUACGUUGGCCUGGCAACAUUGGCUACAUCACCGGCCGGGCGUCGUGUCCUUGGUCCUUCCCAUGGUGCUGGACGUGGGCGUCGUCGCGGAAAACGCCGCGCUCGAGACCGCCUUGCUCCGCAAGGGGAUGUACGGGGUCGACGAGCAGGAGAUGCUCCGCGGCUUUGAAGUUGCCAUGUCCCGCCGCCACCGCCGCAAGGCGUCGUCGUUGGAAGAAGACGGGGCCGCAGACACCCAGAUUAUCCUGGGCCUGGAGCCGGCGGAAUUGGCCAAGGCGCUUGUUCACUCGUCGGACAGCCAGGCGGCCGACGCCUCCUGGUAUCCGGAUGCCCGCUUCGUCCACCUGCGAGCCGAGGUGGAGCGCAUCAUCGGCCAGACCGCAGCAUCGUCGACCUCUUCAGGGUCCGGCGGGCUCCAGAGUCUUCUGGCGAAUGUUGCUGUCGCGUCUGCCGGGCGCGACGAGAUUCUGACCGUGAUCGCACAAUUCAUCGCCCAGCGGGUCAGCCGCAUCUUGUUGAUUGCCGCGGAGGACUUUGACCUGGACGGGCCGUCCGUGGCUAGCUACGGGCUAGACAGUAUGAUCGGCGCUGAGAUGCGGAACUGGCUGUUCAAGGAGUUCGGGCUGGAGGUCUCCUUUCAGGAGUUGCUGUCCGCGUCCUUGACGUUCAAGGGGUUGGCGGAGAUGGUGGCCGUGCAGCAGGGGGUUGUUCUCCCUGGGAAGUGA